UCUCUAAUUUUGAUUGGUUGUUGGAAAAUCACCAGUGCAUUUCCUUUCCGGGAACAUUCGUGUGUCAGUUGAGCACCAUGGCAGAACGGGGUGAGAAGGGAGCAUUUGUGACGUUGGCGACAAAUGACACAUAUGCUCUGGGAUGUUUGGUCCUAGGGAACUCCCUGAGGAGGGUGAAAACUGUGCAUCAGCUGGUUGUCAUGAUAACAGAUGGCGUCUCUUCAUCAAUGAGGAACCAGUUGCGGCGGGUGUUUGACUUGCUGUAUGAAGUAAACCUACUGGACAGUAAAGACCCUGACAACCUACAGUUGCUAGGACGACCAGAUCUCAAUGUUACCUUCACAAAGUUCCAUUGCUGGCGACUCACUAUGUUUGAAAAAGCUGUGUUCCUCGACGCAGACACCCUAGUUCUAAAAAAUGUUGACGAGCUGUUUGAAAGAGAAGAAUUGUCUGCAGCCCCGGACGCUGGUUGGCCGGACUGUUUCAACUCUGGAGUGUUUGUGUUCCGGCCCUCAGACGAGACAUACAAAAAACUGUUAGAUUUCGCUGUAGCUAAAGGAAGUUUUGAUGGUGGUGAUCAGGGGUUACUAAAUAUAUACUUCAGAGAUUGGGCGACCAAAGAUAUAGCAAGACAUUUACCCUUUAUAUACAACGUAGUGUCACAAGCCUUCUACAGUUACCUACCAGCAUUUACACAAUUUAAACAAGAUGUAAAGAUUGUGCAUUUUAUAGGAGCCACAAAACCUUGGCAUCACCCAUACAACACUUCCACAAAGACAGUCCAACCCCUCCCUGAUUCUGGCCACAACCAGGAGUUCUUACAACUGUGGUGGGACAUCUUCAUGUCCCAAGUCCAGCCUGCCCUCGACCCCUCAGUGAAAGGAAACAUGAACUUAGCUAUCCAGUUCAUCGGGCAGGCAGCAAACGGUCAUACUUAUUACAUCACACAAGCUCCGGGCCCGACUACUGUCCAGUCUGUGUAUCCCUUCGUCCCUCCCAAUGUAGAUGUCCACUACACUCAGCAGGAUGCUGGCCACACAACGGACUCCCAAGUUGUUGAUAUUGACAUUGUGCCCCGGCAGUACUCGCUGCCCGAGACUCACUUCGCUGAGAACCCUAUGUCAGUGGUUAACCCUGAUACCCCACCUCCGGGCUCAUAUGACAUUUCACAGGUCAUGAAAGCUUGGGGGGAUAGUAAUACAGACAAACAAAACAGUGAAACUAGUAAUGAUAAAACAGAGUUACCUGCCCUUGAACAAAGUGGUCAUAUUCCCGAAACACAUAAUACAGGCGAUGAAACGGGAGGUUUAGUGGCUAAUCUAGCCGCUAUGACUAUCCAAACGGACCCGAGUGAGGGUGCUGACGCAGGACAUUCUGAGCAGGAGGACGUCAGUGACCAGGAACGCAAACUCAAUUGGGAAAAGGGUCAAAUGGACUACCUGGGAGCCGAUGCCUUUGAGAACAUUCAGAAAAAGUUGGACGAGACCUUGCAGGGCCCAGUUUCCGAGGCAACCCCAUCCACAAGUCCUUUUUCGACGAAAUCGAAAACCUCUGGCAAAGAUUAGAUAUGUCUGAGGUUUUAGAUAUUUUCAAACAAAUACAGUUUCAAACUGUAUGGUAUAAAUCUGACUACAUAAUCUGGAAGGAUUAUGAACCAUUUGGGUGGCGCAUAACAUCUGAGAGUUUUAUUUAGCACCAUUUUAAUUUAAUAAACCAACACCUAAAUGAAAUAUUUAGAACUAUACAUUUAGAUGGGGAAUGGAAUAGUUAUCACCACAUUAGUGUGAUACAGACCAUCCAAACAUGGCUUGUAUUCCAUUAGUGUGAUACAGACCAUCCAAACAUGGCUUGUAUUCCAUUAGUGUGAUCGGGUGUAACAAUCUCGAUGGGUGAAGCACCUGUCUAGGUGGUAAUCACUACGAUUUAGAUAUAAAUAGCGGUCUGAUUGUAUUGAUACCAUACAGUAGAUGGCGAGACUUAAUGGCAAACUAGAUAGGGAGAUGGAAUAGAUUUAUUUCCUAAAAUAAAUCAAAUACAAUAUUUUCGUUAGGAUGAAACACUACAAUGUACUCGGUGUUUUCGUUUGAUAGCUAUGCUUGUAUAAAUUGAGUUGAUCAUGAUGGAAACGAUUUUCCAAUGAGGAAAUAAACCGUGGCAACAAAAUGUAUAUUGCACUUUCGCUAGCAAUUAGUUCAACCGAAGUAAAUACUUCAUGUUAUUGCCUGAAACUUUACUGCAAACAAUUUUAAUCUAGACAAAUUCCCUCUGGGAAAUAUUGAAACGUGAGCAAUCCGAGUUAUCUUCAUGCAACGUCGCAAGACCCGAUAUUAUGUGGGUGCUUCCCAGGUUAUUGUAUGUUAACUUAUCAUAAUGUUAAAAGUUAUAUUAAUUAUAUAAACUCUCUAAUUACUUUGUGAAAGUAUGCCUUUUUUGUUUGACUUAAAUCUUUUUGUUUAAAUGUUAUUACACUAUAUUUGUAAAUGUAUAUAUACAGUGUAUUGGCAGUGAGCAUAUUUUGUUUGAAUACUUUAGAGAUAUUAGAUUGUUAUUUGUUAUUUAGAGCAAGUUGACUCUUAAAACGCAAGGUUGAGAGAUUUGGUGCUCGGUUAAGUUAAACCUUUGUGUUAGGAGAUGCUUAAUAUUGACCUAUAGCAGAGUGUUAUAGGUACAGUUUUUAAUGCCUUCCUAUAGGGUUCGUUCAAAGGGUACCAGUAGGAUGAUACUACCUUCAGCAGACCUGAGAUGUUUACGUCGGAUCAGGAACGGUAACUGCAAUGUAUAUUGAUCUGACAUGUGCAUUGUUUGGUUAAUCUUCUGCCUAACGGGAGGCUGCUAGAUUUAAACUUGUUAACCCCUGAAAUUUCAAAAUGAGCUGUUCCAAACUUUGAAUUCGAGGAGUUCAAAUGUGUCUUCAGGGGUGAAUGAGUUAAACAAGACAUGAAAGGAAUUUGUGAUAUAUACCAUUCAACAUUCCAUUUUCCUGUCAUUUACUAGGUCAGUAAAACCACGUUUAUCUAGUAACAAAAGUGGGUAAUAAAAGCAUUUGUAAGGCAAAGUUUCUUUGUAAGAGAACCGUGGUAAAAGUCGUCCCCCCCAACAUAACGGUUAGGUAGUGUCAUGCCCUGUAUCCUAUGACAGAAUUCUUUAGGAUACUACUGCUAGCGAACCAACAUCACAUUAGUUACCUUAUAAUGUAGAGAUACAAGUUACGGUUACCUAAAGAUUGAUUUUGUAAUUUAUGAUCAGAAAUAAUAUAUUGUUGACAUUGUUAAUGUUUAUGUCACCAGAUUGUGCGGCUGCUUUACUAAUUGAUUGAAACAUUGGGAAUAUUUGUUGACAGUAUGGUUAAUUUAGACAACUGGCUGCAUGUUUUUUCACUACUAUAUAAAUCAUGAUGGUAGGAUUGAAGAGUUGUGCGUGAGGAAUUUGUUUGAUCAACUUAAUUGAUAUCCUGGCGAUGCAAUUGUAACUUGACAUUCUAUGUUUCCUUAGAGAGAAUUAUGAACUAUAUUUUUGAGUAAUGAAAGCAAUUUCAGUUUGUGCGAAAUGAAAUCGAGAUAAAAACAGCUUGAGGGGACUAUUGCAGAUACUAUGAUUACAUGUUAAAUACAUAAGUUUUUGUACGAGUUAGUUAUAUUGGAUUAGAGAAAAAUUAAUAACAUAAAUUCAUUGAAAAAAAUGAUAACAAAGAAACAUCAUCUCGCUAACAAUCAAAUAUUGAUAAAAGUAUUGGCUUGGAAUGAAUAACAUUGUAAUUGAAAAAAAUAAUUUUAAUCAGUAUGCUGUAAUCCAUCCCAAUCAGGGCGUCAAAAGGGUGACCCAAGAAUAACAAAGGGCUGUUUUUGAAAUUAAUUUGGUGGUGCAAUAGUAAUGAACACACGUUAAAUCCAUUAGAUUUUGUUCAUUUUACUUCUCAUUCGCAUGCAAAAUAUUAAUGUACAUAUGUGUGUGAAACUAAUGAGAAGUUGUCAGCAGUGUUACAGAGUCUGGUACAACAUCUGUGAUUCUGACAUGUCUAUAUUUUAACAAGUAUUCAUUAAUUUUAUUUGAUAUAAUCCCUCAGUAUUACGUGUUAUACAGUUAGCUUUAAAGAUUGUUUUGUCUGUGUUUUUUCUACUCAAAAGUCCCAUUUUAUCUUUCAAAUUCGUGUUGAAAAAUGAAGCAAUUGUUAUUUCUGGUGCCAGGUAUUUCUAAUUCAAAGUCAGUAGUUCUUCCUUUAUAAAAUUAACUUUAUUGGUGUUUCUAUAAUGCCAUAUACUCGACCUUUAACCUCUUAGUUGAAUACCCACAUCAUUUACCAGAUCAGAUCAGUCAGUCUUUCGUAGAUGUUCGGGUACCCGUUAUAUUGUUAUUUGUUUAAAAGGGUAAUUGUAGACAGUACUAUCAGUAAUGAGAAAAAUCUUGUAGCACAUUUACAACACGUGUGACUCUAAAUGGCAUGUACAUAUACCCUGCACACCAUAGUGCAGUAAGAAUAUAGACUUGGUUACCGUACCUAUACUACUAAUGUUUCGUCCAUUAACUUUUUACUUAAAAAUGAUCCUUUGUUAUUAACCGAUCUGGAUGGAAUCCAAUCUUAGUCAAUUAAGUUUUAGACUUUCAGUGUGUGAGGAUAUCGGCGAGAAGAUGUUGCCAUUUAAUGUUAAGGACGAUAUUAUAGGCUUGUGUGUGGUAGGGAACAAAAAAUAUAUAGAAUAGAAACACGUUGCACAACUUCUGGUAAGGGAGAUAACACCAUGCAUCUAAGGCCUUUUGAUGUUUGACAAGAAGUUUAACUGUCAUUUGUUGAUAAAAAAAAAAAACUAGCUGCAUUUAGUUCACUUGCAAUAAAAAUAACUUUUCAUGUGUAUUUAAAAAUUAGAAGUGUUGUGUUUAGCUGACAUCUACAGAUUGCGGGAAAGUGUGUCGGGUAAAUAAUGUGCGGUUACAAGGAUCAUAGAUGAUGAUGGUCAUUUGAUAGGGAGAAAAGUAUACAGAAUGCAUUUUACAUUUGAUGUUUUAAAUAUGUGUAAACAAUAUAAUUAUAUUUUCUAAGCAAGACAAAUGUAAUCCAUAUUUAAUAAUAUACCCAUGUUAUAUACAUAUCUAACUAGUUAAUCACCUAUGCAUUGUGUAUGUUUUCCUAACGUAGCAGCUUUAUGUCAUUACAGCUAGGGUAAGCCAUUCUUGCUUCAGAAGAUAUACUAGCACCGACAACAGGUGUUAUCUAUAUCAUCUUGACUCUCCUACAUCAGAGAUUAAGUAGUUGUAUUGAUAGUUAAAGUGGUGAUGAAUUCAAAGUAAAUUGUUCAUGAAAACAAAAACAUCACAAACAGAUGUCAUAUUUAACUGUUCUGUCUUUUGUUGUGAUAAUCUUUUGUGGAUAGAUCUACAUACAGUACCUUCUGGUAGACUUCAUAUGUUUCUAAAGUCAAAGGUAAAACUUGAUCUGUGUUGUGCAAUUCCUUAUUUCCAUUCAAUAUUUAGACAUUUAAGUGACGUAUGAUAUUCCGAUUCUGCACGUAAUUCAGAUCAUUGCGUGUGUCAGAUUAGGGUCAGGUGUCAGUUAGUUGAUUGGACAUUUAAAGUGAUGAUCGAUGCUGCAAUGAUGAUUAUAACAAACUGAUAACUUUGUGCCACAACUGUCUACAUCUAGCGUAUGUCAUACUUUACACUGGCGUCAGAAUUGGUGCAAGACGUUUCAUGGUGAAUUAUUUAAAUAGAAAUAUUAACUCCAUGUCUUGUUAAGUUUUUCGGGUGUACGGACGUUAAAAUCCUAGCAUGUAAAUAUGCUUAUUCUUUGUUACUAUUUGAUGAAAUUGUUGUUGUUUACGAUUCGUACAUGUGCGAAAAUAUUAUACAUAAAACAUCAGUCAUUUGGUGAUGAAAAUUAUGUAGUAGUGUAACCUUUUAAUCAAACUCCGUGUAAUUUAUAAUUGAGCGAAUUUGCGUCAGAAUAUUGCCCAGCCGUGUAUAAACAAAUUGUGUGUUGUAGUUUGUUGUGUGUUGUUUCACUAAAAGUGAGUAACAAAUAGAAAAGUUAAAUAUCUUAGCCCUUUCACCACCGUAGACCAUAUUGGACUUCUCCUAUAAAUGCAUGGUAGAGUCUAAUAAAUUUACAUAGGGGUGAAAGGAUUAGACAUUGAAUAGUCAGACAUCAUACAGAUUGAAAGUUGAAGAAGAAGAAAACACUGGUUCAAUAAUACAUCAUAUUUACCAGUCAAUUUAUCUCCAUGAUUACCAAAUCAAAUGAAUAUUUCCGUGCUUGCCAUCACAACCCUUCUUAGGGUUGGUAAUUCUAUAUACUAAAUUAUCAUAAUAAUGAAAAUUACAACUUGUUUAGUUUUCAUAGCAGCCAAGAAUACCCUAGUCAAUGACGGUUUUCUCCAACAGAGAUACCUGGUUGGUUUAGGUAUUGGUUAGAAUUACUGAAAAGUGCUGCAACUUUCUAUGCCAUUGGGCGUUGUUGCUUGAUGUCUGUUGGUUCAUAAGUGCUAGGUAUAUGAUGCGUGUUGGUUAUAUAUACAUAGGAUUGUUAUUAUCAAAAUAAAAGUAUUUACAUAUAA